GAAAAAGAAUGUUCUUCAAUUACAUCUAAGAAGUAUGAUAAUAUUGUAAAUCUAUACCUCUUUUUGGUUGGUAAACAAUGCAACUUCUUCGUCUGGACGGAGGAGUUUCUACAUGCUCAUUUUGUGCAUGUUAGUUUCCUAGAUUUCUCACAGGACUGUGAUUAUGCGGUAAAGGUAAUUGUGCAUGUUGGUUUCUUGGAUUUCUCAGAGGACUGUGAUUAUGCGGUAAAGGUGAUUGUGUAUGUCGGUAAACAAUACAACUUUUUCUUCGUCUGGAUGAAGGAGUUUCUACAUAUUCAUUUAUUACUGACUGAUCUUUCAUCAUCAUCAUUAUUGACGGUGUUAUGCGGUAAAGAUGAUUGUGCAUGUUCGUUUCCUGGACUUCUCACAGGACUGUGAUUAAUAUUAAUAGUAGAAGACCGUGCAUUUCUAAUAUUUUCAUAAUUUUCAACUACAACAUUACACAAUAAUAUACGUUAAGUUUUGAAAUAGUUUUUUUACACAUAUUAAAUUUGU